AUGGAUUCCUCAGCCGACAUGGGAGCGGACUCACGUUCCCAAACCAACGACUCUCUAGCCACCAAACCGACGCCUAAGUCGCAACUCUCCAAAGGCAUGGAACACAUGCGAUUCGCCGUGACCGUCGAUCCCGCGCGCUCUACUUCUACCACAUCUCCCACGCCCACAGCCACAUCUACAGCCCCUCCUACCGCCGAGCCGCUCCCCGAGUCCGAUGCCUACGGCGUGCCCGCCUCCAUCGCCCCGCUUCGUCACGCACCCCACCGUUCGCACUCUCCCACCAACAACCAAAAACGUACCGACCCCUUCGCCUUCGGCAGCCGCUUAUUGGAAGAAGGGGAUGAUAUCUUCGAGUUCAACGCGUGGGACCACGUCCAAGUCGACUCGACAUACCGCGAAUUCUCGGAACAGCAAUACGAGAAGCAACGUAACGAUCCCGUCAACGACUUUGACCGCAAGCGCUUCAACGACAACCCGGAGAAGUGGUGGAAUAUCUUUUACAAAAACAACAAGACCAAUUUUUUCAAGAACCGCAAGUGGUUGGCGCAGGAGUUCCCCGUGCUGGAUGAGGUCGCGCGCGAGGGCGCCGCUCCGGCAGUGGUGCUCGAGGUUGGUGCUGGCGCGGGGAACAGCGCGUUUCCUAUCUUGCAGAAGAGCCAGAAUAAGGGCCUGAAGAUUCACGCUUGCGAUUUCUCAAAGAAGGCGGUAGAGCUGAUCCGCGGACACGAACUGUACGACCCAGAGCGCAUCCAGGCUGAUGUAUGGGACGUUGCUGCUUCUCCCGACUCCGAGAACGGAGGCUUGCCGCCGGGCUUGAGCGAAGGCAGUGUCGAUGUCGUGCUCAUGAUUUUCAUUUUUUCAGCGCUCAACCCACGGCAAUGGGAUCAGGCCGUACGGAACAUAUGGAGGGUGCUAAAGCCUGGAGGCCAAGUGCUGUUUCGCGACUACGGAAGGGGCGAUUUGGCACAGGUUCGGUUCAAGAAGGGACGGUAUAUGGAGGAGAACUUUUACGUGAGGGGUGAUGGAACGCGUGUCUACUUCUUCGAGAAGGAGGAGCUGGAAGAGAUCUGGGGAGGGAAGACGCGGGAACCUCAGCGCGAGCCUGAACCUGAAUCAACGAAAGAGGGUGCGGAGGUGGAAAAAAGAGCGGAGCACGAGACAGUAGAAGAGAAAGUGGCACAUUUAUCAGUCAACGACGCCAGCACCACUACAGAAGCAGUGGGAAUCGAUAAAGAAGAACCAAGAACCCCCCGUCCGGCGUUCGAAGUCGUCCACUUCGGUGUGGACAGGCGAAUGCUGGUAAACCGCCAGAGACGACUCAAAAUGUACCGCUGUUGGAUGCAGGCUGUAUUCCGCAAAGCGGGAGACGAGAGCGAGAACCAGAGCGAGGUGCCUACGAGCACAUUACGGCAAGAUAAAAAAUCCGUCGAGACCGAGGACGGCGAGGCUUCUUGA